AUGUAUAGACAUUUCCUGCUUGCAGUGCUGGCACUGCUUUCUGCAUCUGCUCAUGCUCAUACCACCUUCACGACCCUCUACGUCGAUGGCGAGAACCAAGGCGAUGGAGUGUGUGUUCGAAUGAACCGUAACCCAAGCAAAGCGAGCUUUCCCAUUGAGCCUCUUUCCAGCAAGGACAUUGCUUGCGGCUACGAUGGCGAAAAAGCCGUCGCGCGCGUCUGCCCCGCCAAAGCCUCCUCAACCCUCACCUUUGAAUUCCGCGAAUACGCCGACGGCUCGCGCCCGGGCUCCAUCGACGGAAGCCACAAGGGCCCCUGCGCCGUGUACAUGAAGAAAGUCGACGACGCAACGGCCGACAACAACGCUGCUGGCGACAGGUGGUUCAAAAUCUGGCAGUCGGACUAUGAUGCAACUUCCGGCAAAUGGUGCACCGAGAAGAUGAUCGAGAAUAACGGGCAUAUCUCCGUGCAGAUCCCGGCUGAUAUCGAGGGUGGAUACUACCUUGUGCGGCCGGAGUUGCUGGCUCUGCAUGCCGCGCAGGAUAACCCGCCCGAUCCGCAGUUCUAUGUCGGCUGUGCGCAGGUGUUUGUGCAGUCGACUGGCACGGCUAAGCCUGCGACGGUGAACAUUGGCGAGGGGACGUACGAUCUCAGUCUGCCGGGUAUGACAUAUAACAUCUACAAGACGCCGCUAGAGCUGCCGUACCCUAUGUAUGGGCCGCCGGUGUAUCAGACGGGUAAGACUGCGUCUGCCAGUCCUACCCCUGCCAAUACUGCUUCUGGCAGUUCAGCGUCUGCCAAUGCUGGAUCCGGCAAGUCUGAUUCUGCAUCUGCCACUGCUGAGCCUGCCCCGGCUGCGUCCGGCAACACUGGAUCUGAGACGUCUGCCGAUACUGAGCCGGUCAAUACUACGCCUGCCAAUUCUGCAUCCACCGACACCGAAUCCGAGAAAACAGAAUCAACCCCCGCCAACGUCUGCAAGAACAAGACCAAGAAGAACAAAAAGAAGAAGAAGCGUGCGAUGCUCGUCCAGAACAAGGGCCUCAAGCCAGAAGGCUGUAUCCUCGAACGAGACAACUGGUGUGGAUUCGAGGUGCCCUCGUAUACAGACGAGCAGGGCUGCUGGGCUUCAUCCAAAAACUGCUGGGACCAAGCCGACGUAUGCUGGAACACCGCGCUCCCGACCGGCUCAGCACACUGCCAGAUCUGGUCCGACAAAUGCACGGCGCUCGACGCAUCUUGCAGCAACAAGGUAUUUCCUGGUCCGCCGAAUGCAGGCCAGGAUCUCACUCCAAAGCCGGCGUCCUUGGUGGGGUCUAUCAAGGUAUUUGCGCGGGGUGUUCGGUCGCAUAUUAAGAGGAGACAUGCUCAUGUUUAG